AUGAAGGAGGCGAAGACGGUGGAAGUCAUCAAGUUUCUGACCAAGGAGAUCUUCCAUACGUUUGGAGUUCCAGAAACGAUCCACUCGGACAACGGGAAACAGUUCGUGGCGAAGCGGUUUCAGGAAAUGAUCAAGCAGUACCGGAUAAGGCAUAUCAGGACAGCGUUGUACUCCCCUCAAUCGAACGCGGUGGAACGGGUCAAUCAAUCGGUGCUGAACGCAAUCCGAGCAUACCUGGAGGAUGACCACAGGGAUUGGGACAUAUACCUUCCGGAGAUAGAGGCGGCAUUGAGGAGUUCGGUUCAUCAAGCGACAGGUGUGACGCCGUAUUUUGCCUUGUUUGGGCAGAACAUGUUCUCAAGUGGGGCCGAUUACCAGUUGGCACGAAAGCUGCGGGCACUGGAGGACAACGAGCUCGAGGGCUUGGAACCAGGGGACAGGAUGGCGUUGCUGAGGGAUACCAUGAGGCGGAACCUGCAUGAGGCGCAUGAAACCAGCGCAAGAUAUUUUGACCGUCGAACACGAGCGGUAACCUUCAAUCCCGGACAAGAGGCGUUCCGAAGGAAUCAUGUGUUGAGCGACUUUGGGAGAUGCUUUAAUGCGAAGUUUGCUAGAAAGUUCCUGAGAUGCCGGAUUCGAAGGCCCAUAGGGAAUCACAUGUACGAGGUGGAGGACACAAAUGGGAAGCUCGCAGGUGUAUUUCACGUCAGGGACCUAAAGCAAUAG